AUGUCACAAUCAACCUCCACAAUCUCGCCUUUCAGCACUUUCCUGAUAGCAGUCUUCUUCCUCGUCGCCCUAUUCCCUAGCACAUUCGUCUCAAUCGCCUGGGCGCCGUAUAAUUCGCUUGUCGACUACGCGUUUCCCCUUCCACAAAAGCGCGAAAGCGUCGUUUGUACAAGUCCGAAUAUCUGCGUUGCCAACACCAUGUCUUGGUUCCAAAAACCCCUUACCCUCCCCUCCCGCUCGCGCGGCUCCUACCUCGUAACCGAGCACAUCCUCAAAGAGCUGCCCGAGAUAAAAUCCUACAAGACAGGCCUCCUCAACCUCUUCAUCCAACACACAUCCUGCGCGCUCUCGCUCAACGAGAACUUCGAUUCAGAUGUGCGCGCCGACAUGUCCGACGCGCUGGACCGCAUCGUGCCCGAGGACCCAGGCAGCAAGAAGGGCUUGUACAGACAUGAUGCCGAGGGCGCGGAUGAUAUGCCUGCGCAUGUGAAGAGUGCGUUGGUGGGCGCGAGUGUGACGAUUCCAAUCACGAAUGGCAGGCUGAAUACGGGGACAUGGCAGGGCAUUUGGUAUCUGGAGUUUAGGGAUGUUAAGCAUACGCGGAAGGUUGUGGCGACGAUUCAGGGGGAGAAAAUGUAG